CGGUGGUGGCCGCUGGGAGUAAACAGGGAGGCGGCGCUUGGGUGGCGGGAGGGCUAGCUUGCAGCCCGCGCGCGGCGGGCGAUGCUGGGGGGUAUCUUGGGGGCCCGAGAGCGCGAGGCGGAGGGCGACGCGGCAGGGGCUGUGCCUGCGCCACCUGCCAUCGACUUCCCGGCCGAGGGCUCGGACCCCAAGUAUGAUGAAUCUGAUGUUCCCGCAGAACUCCAGGUGCUGAAAGGACCCCUACAGCAGCCAACCUUCCCUUUUGCAGUUGCAAACCAGCUGUUGCUGGUUUCUCUGCUGGAACACUUGAGCCAUGUGCACGAACCAAACCUGCUUCAUUCAAGACAGGUGUUUAAAUUACUUUGUCAGACCUUUAUCAAAAUGGGGCUGCUGUCAUCCUUCGCGUGUAGUGGUGAGUUUAGCUCCUUGCGGCUACAUCACAGCAGAGCUAUUAUGCACUUAAUGAGGUCAGCUAAGGAGAGAGUUCGUCAGGGUCCUUGUGAGGAUAAUUCUCAUAUCCAGAAGAUAAGAUCAAGGGAAGUAGGCUUUGAAGCACAAACUUCACGUUACUUGAAUGAAUUUGAAGAGCUUGCCAUCUUAGGAAAAGGUGGAUAUGGAAGAGUAUACAAGGUCAGGAAUAAAUUAGAUGGUCAGUACUAUGCAAUUAAAAAAAUCCUGAUUAAGGGUGCAACUAAAACAGAUUGCAUGAAGGUGCUACGGGAAGUUAAGGUGCUGGCUGGUCUUCAGCAUCCUAAUAUUGUAGGCUAUCACACUGCCUGGAUAGAACAUGUUCACAUGGCCCAAAGGCAAGCAGAUAGAAUUUCUAUUCAGUUGCCAUCUCUGGAAGUGAUCUCUGACCAGGAGGACCCCAGAGAUCAGUGUCAUGUUAAAAGUGAUGAAAGUAACAGCCCAUCCAUUAUCUUUGCCGAAUUCACCCCAGAAGAAGAAAAAUCCUUGGGAGAAUCUGGCGUUGAAAAUCAGAAUAAUAGAUUGGUGAACUACAGCGCCAGUGUAGUCACAAGAGAUGCCGGUGAAUUUGAACCGUCCCUUGAGCCCCAAGGAAAAGGUGUGGCUGACGAGUCUUCCAGAUCGAUUGUUGGGCAUUGGCUGCCACUUGGGCAUAAUUCAGACCUGGAAGAGAAUUUCGCAUCCACUGAGGAAUCUUCUGAAGAAAACUUAAACUUGUUGGGGCAGACGGAGGUGCAGUACCACCUGAUGCUUCACAUCCAGAUGCAGCUGUGUGAGCUCUCGCUGUGGGACUGGAUCAGAGAGAGGAACCAGCAGGGCCGGGAGAGCAUGGAUGAAUCCGCAUGUCAUCAUAAACAGGAAAAGUCUGAGAAACUGUCACAGACCAGAGGACCCUCAAGAGGCAUGACAACUCAGUGUAAUGUGGUAUCCUGGAUGGAAUCCUGGAGCAGAAAGAGGACAUUAGCCCAGAAAUAUUUUUCUUCAUGGCCCCAAUCAGCAAGUAAAAAUAGGAGACUUUGGCCUGGCCUGUGCAGACAUCAUCCAGAACACAGACUGGGCCAAUGGAAAUGGAAAGAGGACACCCACACAUACCUCCAGAGUGGGCACUUGCCUGUAUGCUUCCCCUGAACAGUUGGAGGGAUCCGAGUAUGAUGCCAAGGUAGUGUUUGUUCCCUUCUACCCUUUCAGUGGACUUACCCUGCAGUUGUAAGUAACAAAAAGUACAGUAAAUGCAGUGGAAGGUCUGACGUCGAAGUCAUUUGGAAAUAGCGGAGUGUGGUAGGUUAUCUCUUACAUCAAACUACCAUAGUGCGGAGCCUCACUUUUCAACUGAAUCUGACUUUUUUAGGCUAUUUUACUAUUUCCAAAUCCGUGGGUGUCACAAAAUAAUUUUUGCAAUGAGCUUUCCCUUUAAGAUACCACCUUCCCCUCAGGAAGGCAGGAUUCACCAGAGUCUGUUUUCAGCCGUUCAUUCUGCCUUCAAGCUUAGGUAAAUCAGUGCCCCCGACAAGUGUGCCACCUGCUUCCCUCUGAGGCUGAAUGAAGAUGCGGAAAAGUUUUAAUCCAGCUCGUUCCUCGAAGGAAUGUUAAAGUAAAUUCUUUUCUCAAAAUAACAGCCUAGUAAAUUUUCUUCCUUUUGAUGAAUCAUUCAACUUUUUAGUGAUUGGGAAAGAGCUGCCAGAAAAACCAUGGCAGCUCCGAAAAUCCUAUGUAGUAAACACCUUCCUAAAAGACUGUUUUUAGGAAAAGUGACAGGUUUUAUGCAGAGUUUGCUAAAACUUUACUAAGAAUGCCUAACUCUUAGCGGAGGCAGAGGUGGGGCCGGGGUAGGCCGCAGGGACCCUCGGUGACCUCUCAUGUCUCUCUCAGGCUAUACCUGGCCUGGGUUUUCAAGGAGCAGUGGAGUCAGUUGUAUGGUAGUGACCGCUCUGGGUGGCCGGGAUCACCCCUGCCCCUCACCUGGCCCUCAGUCCUUCGUGCCCCUGGAUGCCCCUUUUUGGUGUUAGAGCUGGGGAUUGCAAGAGUACAGUCAUCUGUCUGUAGAUCACCUACAGUAGAUCCAGCUGGCAGACACCUGCCUCUGUGAGGGACGAGCCAGCCCGCUGUGUUCCCUCCGUUGUAGGGACUGUCGAUCAUCCUUCUGUAGAAAAUCCUCUCGCUUUUGAAAGGAAGGUGGGUGGGAAUGGAAAUGUUACUCUGUGUAUUUCACUACUGAUUGACCGUUUCCCCCCUUUUUUAGUCAGAUAUGUAUAGCUUGGGUGUUAUCCUGCUGGAGCUCUUUCAGCCAUUCGGGACAGAAAUGGAGCGAGCACAUGUUUUAACGGGUUUAAGAACUGGACAGA